CUUUUCCAAUCUGCAAAGACUCUCCCUACUUCUCAACCCUUCUCUCUUUCUCCUCCAGGCCCGUUUUGACCAGAACUGCACGCACACAGCAACUAGCCAGUGCAUAUCCUUCUCCUUAGCCUCUAUCACCACCCCCCGUCACUCUUCCAACUAUCUUUAUUCAUCAAUCCUACUUUGGUGUUUGUUGACUUUUUGUCGCAACAAAAAAAGCCUCCCCUUUACACCUAUAGUUCCAGAUUAAAGCUACCUUCACAAUGCCUAACGGACACGUUGACAACGCGAUAGGUAUCGCCAAUUUGCCAAACCAGAGGCACAAGAUCGUGGCCAAAAGAGGCGCUGCUUUCACUAUAAUGGUUGUUGGAGAGAGUGGUCUCGGAAAAACCACUUUCGUGAACACAUUGUUUAGUACUACUAUAAAAAACUAUGCUGAGCACCGCCUCCGUCACAAGAAGCAGAUGGACAAGACUGUCGAGAUUGCGAUUACCAAAGCUGAGCUCGAGGAGAAGUUCUUCAAAGUCCGCCUUACUGUCAUCGAUACACCUGGUUUCGGAGACUAUGUCAACAACCGCGAUUCGUGGAUGCCCAUCAUUGAGUUCUUGGAUGACCAGCAUGAAUCCUACAUGCUUCAGGAGCAACAGCCCCGUCGUACCGAUAAGAUUGAUCUUCGUGUUCAUGCUUGUCUUUACUUCAUCAGGCCUACCGGUCACACCUUGAAGCCCCUGGAUAUCGAGGUUAUGAAGAGGCUGUCUUCGCGUGUCAACUUGAUACCGGUCGUUGCCAAGGCUGAUACACUCUCCCCUGCCGACCUAACUACCUUCAAGCAGAGGAUCCGAGCCGUCAUCCAGGCGCAGGGUAUCAAAAUUUACCAGCCACCAAUUGAGGAGGAUGAUGAGGCUGCUGCGCUCCAUGCCCGUAGCUUGAUGGCUGCUAUGCCAUUCGCUGUCAUUGGAAGUGAGAAGGACGUAAAGACUGCCGAUGGCCGCGUUGUUAAGGGUCGCCAAUACUCAUGGGGUGUCGCUGAAGUUGAGAAUGAAGACCAUUGCGAUUUCAAGAAGCUACGCAGCAUUCUUAUUCGUACCCACAUGCUCGACUUGAUUCACACAACUGAGGAGCAACACUAUGAGGCGUACCGUGCACAGCAGAUGGAGACCCGCAAGAUGGGAGAGGCUCGCCCCCGGAAGUUGGAUAACCCCAAGUUCAAGGAGGAGGAAGAGAACCUCAGGAAACGAUUCACUGAGCAAGUCAAGAAGGAGGAGGCUAGGUUUAGACAAUGGGAGCAGAAGCUCAUUUCAGAACGCGACCGCCUUAACAAGGAUCUGGAGAGCACACAUGCAGCUAUUAAGCAACUGGAAAUGGAGUUGGAGGGUAUGCAGGGUGGUGUUGCUAGAAGCCAUGGCAGGCGUUAAAGUGUUGUGCCUUAUUUAGAUAAGCAGUGAGGACCGAGAGCGAAACGGCGUGUCAAAAGUCUGUUUCAAGAUGGGGAUAAUUUUAUCACCGGACAAUAAUCAUUGUUUAUCAUACCUACAACAUCUCUCCUACGUUAUACGAUAUUAGCUCCUUGUUCUCUGAUCGGUGGAAUCCCACUUCCUUUGUAUCCUUUUCACUUUGGCCUCAACUUCUUUUUUCUUUUUUCUUCCAUCUCUUCAACCUUAGCUUCCAACCACCUUAUCCAUUUGUAGUUCUCCCAAUUUCCAGGGCUCUCUCUCUCUAUAUAUCUCUCUUUAACAAUGACACUCCACCUUUUCUUACCACCUCU